UAUAUAUAUAUAUAUAUAUAUAUAGUAAAAUACAAUCUCUUAUUCAUUUCACUUGUUUUUGUAGUGAAAAAAGACCAAAAUGUUUGUAGAAAUCAGUCAUCAUUAGGUAGAUGCAGUAAUGGAAUAAAUUAAGGUGUAAAUGCAGUGUUUGUUUAGUAAAUCAGAGUAAUGAAAGGAGGUGAAAUGAUGUUUAAAGGGGUUAUAUGUAAGAAUUGUCAUGUAUUAAUUGUAUUUUUUUAUUGGCAAUGUGUAAACAGCUUGUAACGAAACUAAAAAAAACGAGACCUUCCCCGACUUUCUAGGUUGUCUAAUGAAGCCAGAGCCCUGAUUUUAAUGUGAAGGACUCGGGACGUUUUUGCCGGGAAAAUCAAAAGGAUGUGACGUUUACGAGCUCCCGUGGGCUUCUCUUCCGUUCUAUGACACAUGAAAGGAAUGCUUGUAUUUUCAGGAUAAUGCUUAAAGAGCCGUUCUGUACAGUAAUGUAAGUGUAAUGCAAAGAAAAGGGUUUAAUUCAAACUAGUAUAUAGCCAGAUCUAUAAAUAUAGGCAUACCUUAUAAUCAUGGUGUGAUUUUACCUCAUCCACAUGAUGCCGGUGAAUUGCAGAGCUUGUGCAAACAUAUCCACGAUGAUCAGAUGCUUUUUAAAUGCUGAUUUCUCACCGCUGUCAUUUUUGUUGUGUUUGUUAUUGAAAGAAAAUUGCGCGGCACAUAUUUUCAUAUAACCGUCGCUCUCGACAGCGUGGACGGCGUCGGGAUAUUCGUUAACGGUAUAUCGCUGCAAAGGUGUUUCCAACUUUUUAAUUCUAAGCCAAGAACAAAAAAGAACUUGGUCGUGAGUAUAUCGAGGCAUUGAAUCUUGUUUAGUCUCAAGUACUUAACUUGUUCAUGGGUGCUAGCACAAGCAUUAAAGGUGCAAUAUGUAAGAAUUUUGCAGUAAAAUAUCCAAAAACCACUAGGCCAGUGUUAUAUAUUUUGUUUACUUAAGUACUUACAAUUUCCCAAAUGUUUCCAACUAUUUGUAAAUCGUGAGAAAAUUGCAGUUUUAACCAAGGCUCCGGGACGUGAGGAGUCGCCUGUCAAUUGCGUCAUACCCGCGUUACCCUCGGUUUCUGGUUUUAUUUUGUAGAAACCAUGGAAACACCAAAGACGCUUUAAUAUUUACAUGUGUUAAUAGGCAAGGGAACAACUGUUUUGAUAUAUUUAUAGACAGAAAACUAAUUGUUGUUAUAUAGCUCAACACGUUAUAGCUUAUUGUUUAAAUCUAAUUUUCUUGAUUUUCCGAGAGUACCACGUUUUACCAUGCCUCAGAGAACAACACUAUUUUGUGAAGUAGCUAACAUAGCAUAAUCAGAUGCAACUUUAUUUUUAGUAACAGUAAUACAGCAUUUUCUCCAUCAUACAAUACAUUUUAAAAUUAAUUGCAUGCCAUUUAUCAACACAAGCCAUCCAGCAUUUAAUAUGAUAUUCUAAAAUCGAUCUAUCUUACUGCAGUGUGUAACAGUGUCUCACAGCAGCUGCCGAGUGAACGCACAGAGUAACGUUAUAACAUUUUCAACACACUCAAAUGUAUCUAAUAUGAUAAACAGAGCUGUGUUACCUCAUACUCAUGACCGGAAAAGCGGAAGCAGCGCCGGCGACUGUGGCAUAAUAAAAGUUCCGCUGCUCGCGGCGUGUGUUGCGCAAUCGCUUCAGUGGCCUCGUUCAGCUCCAACAACACUCGGUCUAACUAACCCUAACCCUAACUCAGCUUCAUACUACAGUAAUGUUAAUAAUCGCAUCCAUGAAUAUGAUUUCUUCCUGAGUCCUAUCCCAAUUCUUUUCCACCGGCCAUUGAGGUGAAGACCACAUGUCCCAGGAUUCCACGCUCAAACUUGCCGUCAUCAAGCUACGCCUUUGUUUUGAAUAGACCUCUAGCAACCUCUAGCGGACAGAAAAUAUUACAUAUUGCACCUUUAAGUUGCUAGCUAAUAACAAGGGUUUCUUGAUUGUUCAGACAUUCGAGUUUAACUUUAAUUGUGAUUAAAUGGGUGAAGAUUGUGAAAUUUGGAGGGAUAUAUUAAAACAUAUUAAUAAAUAUUAAAAUAUAAUAUUAAAACAGUCCUGAGACAUUCAUCAGAUGUCUGAAGAGUUUCAAAUAUGAACUUUUUUGUAUUCAGUAAUAUUCCAGAUAGGCUUUUUCUCUCAUUUUUCAUCUUUAAUCAAAAUGUUUCAGACUAAACAUGUUUGAUAAUUGGUUUACAGUUUUUUUUCUGGUGUCACAAUGUCAAUUCCCAUCUUUUGCAAAAUCCCAUGAACUAGCACUUCCUGAAUGACGUUAUCCUCCAGGAAGUGACAUCACAUCAUUUCCUGGAGGGAAAACUGCAGAAUGAUCAAUCUUCAGAAGGUCUCGCCUCAAACCCUCAGAUGUGAUCGAGCCCGAGUUCAGAUGAAGAAUAGUUUCAUGUCAUCUGGAUUGUACGGUUGUGAAUCACUGGGACAUGAGAGCAGUUAGAGUGAACACAAGCCUCGCAUUUGCAAAAUGGCCCCACAAAGUCGAGCGAAGCAAAAUCUAUUGUGGCGUCGACUGAAGGCCUGGAGUCAAAGCCCAGAAUCAGCAGUGAGCGGCGGGAAAGCGUCCCAUCAGCAGAAGCCUAAAGCCCUCCAUUGUGUGACCUUUGUAUGGCGGAUCUCGCGAUAUCUGGCCGCACGCGACCGGCUGUAUAUAUUGGGCUGUCCAACUUUUCCAGUGUCACACUUUCUUACGUGUGGGUCAGUUUGGACAGUAUCCAGUGGAAAAUGUCGCAGUAUUCUGGAAAGAUCGUGUUUUACGAGGGCCGCUGCUUCACCGGCAGGCGGCUGGAGGUGUACGGCGACUGCGAUAACUUCCAGGAUCGCGGCUUCAUGAACAGGGUGAACUCCAUCCGCGUGGAGAGCGGCGCCUGGAUCUGCUACGACCAUCCCGACUUCAAGGGUCAGCAGUACAUCCUGGAGCGCGGAGAAUAUCCCGAGUUCCAGCGCUGGAACUCCCACAACGAUCACAUGGGCUCCUGCAAACCCAUCAGGAUGCACGGAGAGCACUACAGGAUGGAGAUGUUCGAGGGCUGUAACUACACUGGUCAGUGUAUGGAGUUCUGUGACGACUGUCCCUUCCUCCAGAGCCGCGGAUUCAACACAAACUGUGUCAACUCUGUCAGAGUGUUCGGUGACGGAGCGUGGGUGAUGUAUGAAGAGCCUAACUUCCGUGGUCGCAUGUACAUUGUGGAAAGAGGAAACUACUGCAGCCAUAACGAGUGGCAGGCGCAGAAUCCCAACAUCCAGUCCAUCCGCAGGGUCGUCAACUACUUCUAAACCCUCCAGACGCUGCUCUCCUCCAUCUUCCCCUUCAGUCCCACAAACUCUGACUCCCCCUUUUCUCUCUGAACAUGUAAAAUAAACACUGAAAACCAAAACCAGGACAGUAUUUUAUCACACAA